AGGUGUUGGGAGCCGCAGCCCCGAGCCCGGUCGCCUCACUUGGCGGACGUGAGGCCUGUAGUAAAGAGUGAGGCCUGAGGUAGAUUACCCCUCCCAUCGAACACGUUAGUUUCCUGCUUACCGUGUAAACAACCCGCUCAACAAUAUAGUCUGCCUGGCAACUGAUGAUGUUAGCCAAUCAGCUUGCCUUGCUUACUUUAACAUGAUUGGACACUGUACCCGUAUAUAUACCGGUGCCACCCCUGGGCGGAAGUAGAAGCCAGAUAGAAGCCCGGAAGUAGAAGCCCAAAAGGAGCCGCGGAGAGCGGACCGGUAGAGGCUUUGGGGCAGGCUGAAGCACAAAAGGAGCCGCGGGGAGCGGACCAAAGGAGGCUUCAGCUGGGAGAACCCAGGGCAGGCUGUACGGAGAAGAAAAAUAAAAAGAAAAGGUUGUCCACUACCAGACUUUGUCGUGUGUCCUUCCUGCCGGCCGGGAGCGGACAUCGACAUUUGGUGGCCCGCCCGGGGACUGAUCACCCCCGAGACGUGAAGUGGACAACGCUCCAGUACAGAGCUGCGAGACAGGAAUCGGGACGAGAACCACUGUGGAUACCGGAGAGACUGACACGGGCAACAAAGCCCUCGACUGAAGAUCAGACCUGCCCUACUGGAGAUCCAUCACAGACCAACCAACAAGAUGAACAGAAAUAGCGGUAGCCCGAAAUGGACAAGAAGAUCCUCAGGCAUAUGCAUGGCUUGCUCAAUUGGCCCACGACCGAGUCUAGAUAUGGCGGGCAUCCCUCAUUCUCCUCCAUAAGGUGACAAUACACAGCAGGGUAGGUGAGUCAAUGACGGGUAAGAGCGUGCCUCCCCAGCACGACUCGACCUAAGCCAGGCCCUACCCCAUCCUGCACGUAAGCCGCUGGACUGUUAGAUGCUGCCCAGGUCUAAAUUUCUCUCCGAGGGGAUUUCUUUACGGAGAGAAAAUGAGUGCAAGCUUGUGUGCAUCCAGGUUCCGUCCAGUUUGUGCCUGGCCCUAGAAAAAGGACGAGGGCCUCAGGGCCUUGGCAGACCAUGGGACGGCCGACCAGGGUCUAAGCCAAGGACCUACGGUGGGCCUACACAUAGGGCAUAAGCCUCUGCACCCAGUCCAGGAAGGGCUACGAUGCGCACAUUCAUAAAAAAUAAAAAAGGGGGAGAUGUUGGGAGCCGCAGCCCCGAGCCCGGUCGCCUCACUUGGCGGACGUGAGGCCUGUAGUAAAGAGUGAGGCCUGAGGUAGAUUACCCCUCCCAUCGAACACGUUAGUUUCCUGCUUACCGUGUAAACAACCCGCUCAACAAUAUAGUCUGCCUGGCAACUGAUGAUGUUAGCCAAUCAGCUUGCCUUGCUUACUUUAACAUGAUUGGACACUGUACCCGUAUAUAUACCGGUGCCACCCCUGGGCGGAAGUAGAAGCCAGAUAGAAGCCCGGAAGUAGAAGCCCAAAAGGAGCCGCGGAGAGCGGACCGGUAGAGGCUUUGGGGCAGGCUGAAGCACAAAAGGAGCCGCGGGGAGCGGACCAAAGGAGGCUUCAGCUGGGAGAACCCAGGGCAGGCUGUACGGAGAAGAAAAAUAAAAAGAAAAGGUUGUCCACUACCAGACUUUGUCGUGUGUCCUUCCUGCCGGCCGGGAGCGGACAUCGACAGAGAGGGAGAGCCCCUCCCUGCCCCAGCGCUGUACCCCCCGUGUCCCGACAAGGCGUGCGUGUUUACCUUGCCCGGAGUUCAGAGUGCUCUAGACACUCACGACAAGUGGCGCCCGAAUUCAGGGACUCCAAAGGUCGCUUAGGAAGAAAAUGGAAUUCAGCAGUGGGUCCCUGGACGAUGGAUCAGGACCCGCGUCUCCAGAUCCUGUUCACCAGCCCCGGAGACAACUCCCCAAGGAACCGGAACCGUGCCUUCAGAAGCGAGCGCGAAACCAGCUAGAAGCUGAGGAUGCUGAGUUUGUUCCUAUCGCAGCCAUGGCCAGAUUACAGCUAAGAAAAUCCCGCCGCUCACAGCGACCAAAUUUAAAUCCCCUCCCUACAUGGGGACAAUUAAAGAAAUUGACCAUAGAAGGGCAACGGCUUGUCCUUCAAGCAGGAAAGCCUUUAAACCCCGAAAACUUGUUUUUAGCUUUAUGUGCCUUGCUCACCGUUGCAUCGGGGACUGAGGUACCUCCGCAUUCGUACUGGGCAUAUAUUCCAAACCCCCCUUUAUUAGAACCUGUAAAAUGGGGAACUAGUGAUAUUUUACUUUAUACCACACCUAGAGAAAUUUUGUCAGCACCGUGGGCUGAUUUAACCCCCCACAAUCAAGAUGAUGGGACACUAUUCAAUUUUACUUAUUAUGGUAAUCAAAGGCCUAUUUACAUUGGGGAACCGCCUUACAUCCCUCUGGGAUGGCAGUAUUGGAUUCAACAUGAAAUAAAAGCAGGCAACAAAAGGACAAGGCUUCAAGCCUUGGCUGCUCAAACCUUUAAUGUUACCUGGAAAAAUUUAACAGCACCUGAUACAAAUACAUUUCCUGUAUGCCCUGAAUUCACUUAUAAAAAUAUUUCUUAUAAUCCCAUAAUUUGGCAACUAUGUAUGGGAAAAUUUGCUAAAAAUAUUGAUGGGUAUAUUAUUUGGGGACCAUUUGGAAAAUUCGUUAAUGGAUGUGCUGAAUGGAAUGAGACAAGAUGUAAUCUCUCUGUUGUGUAUAGUCUUCCAGAUCCAAAAAAAAUAACUGACGGAGCUCCUAUAUUUCAACAAAAGACGGCUCUCUUGUGGUGGGGAGAUGGUGAAAUCGCUAACCCUGCUGUUGCAGCCGAAGAAUACCCUCAUCACCUUCAAAAUCAUAUUUGGAAGAUCCCAGCCGCUAUGCAACCUGUAACCUUGUACAAUGUUUCAUAUUCAGGGACUAGUCGAUCUGUAUCUACUACUUAUAAUUUUACUAGGUUUAAAAUGUAUAAUAUUACUGUUUGUGCACCUCUGCCUUAUGUCUUUUUAGUGGGAACUUUUAAUUUUACACAUUUUUCUUGUACUUGUUUAAAUUGUCAAUUGUUUACAUGCUUAAAUAACACACUAAAUUUCACUAAGCCUUAUACAGUUAUGCUGUUACAACAAAAAACUCAUAUUUGGUUGCCUAUAAAUUUAACUCGACCUUGGUCUCAAGACCCGGUAAUUUCUGUUACUACUGAAUUUUUUAAACAUCUGUUAAAACGUACAAAAAGAUUUAUUGAAAUAGUGGUUGCUGUACUGUUAAGUCUGAUAACUAUAGCCUCUCUAGCAGCAGUCUCAGGAGUAGCUUUACAUACCUCUUUACAAGAAAAACAUGUUGUCAAAUUAUGGCAUGAGAAUUCUCAUAAACUUUGGUUAACUCAGUGGCAAAUAAACGCCAAACUACAACAACAAAUAGACCUCCUUAAACAAACAGUUGAAUGGAUGGGUAAAAAAAUAUUGGCUCUUCAGCAUCAAGUGUUUUUAAAAUGUGAUUGGAAUUCAACUACUUUCUGUAUAACCCAACGACCUUAUAAUCAGACAGAACAUAAAUGGGAAAUGAUUAGAAUGUAUUUAAAUGAAAACACCUCUGCCCAGGAGGAAAUAAAAUCUUUGCAUAAUCAAAUUGACAAGGAUUUUGCAAAGCAAAAUGAUGAUAAAUCUCUAGCACAAUUCGCGCAAUUGCUUGCUCAAUCUUUAAAAGGAUUAGAUUCCAAAGGAAUCUGGCAAAACAUUACCCACACUUUUAGUGGCAUGGGACUUAGUUUAAUUAUAGUUCUCAUUGCCAUAGUUCUUAUGUAUUUUUACUGCAUAAGACGAAAUGCUAUUAAUAACCUGAUCUUAUAGAAAUUAUUGUUAAAAAAUAAAAAGGAAGGAAGUGUGGGAGAUGAGGUGUCACUUUGUAGGCCCAACCCCCUCUAACCUGCAAUUUACAAUAGCCGCCCUGGUAUGCGAGAAGGAGGUAGAACGGGAAUGCCUGUUCUCAGUGAGCCCUCACCCUCUGGAAUCCAUACUGUGAGCUGGCUUUGUUUUGCAGAAGUCUUGAGGAAGUGGCUGGCCACCCUUUGUGACACUAACAGCAGACAAAUUAACAACAUUCUUGAGCUAAUGAAUUUCUUCCUGGGCUAGAGAAGUUGUGAGAACUGGUUGUGAUUAUUUACUUCACUUAGAUAGUUUUAGAAUAAACAUUGUAGUCUGUCACGUUGUAGCUUGCCACAAAGAAUGCCUUUUCACUACUUAAUUAUCUGGGCUCUGUGAAUUGAUCGGGUUUACUAUAUAUGAAUCCUAAAAUAAAGAUUGUGCGUACAGUGCAGUGCAGUGCAGUGUAACGCGGUGCAGACAGCAAAGGUGUCUCUCCUGUCUUUCUUUUCCAAGCGCUGUACCCCCCGUGUCCCGACAAGGCGUGCGUGUUUACCUUGCCCGGAGU